CGUCAGCCAUAGAGGUACAGCGGGGCUAAGUGACGUGGAUUUCAGGGUUUGUGCAGACAAUGGAGGGCCUGGAGCUGAGGCGAUUGGAGCGAGGCGAUUUUGACAAAGGAUUCCUCCAGCUAAUGCAGCAGCUGACCGUGGUUGGAGAUGUCUCGAGGGAAAUGUUUGAUGCCAAGAUGCAGCAGCUGGAAAAGCUUGGAGACUAUCAUAGGAUUGUUGUGAUCGAAGAUGUGAAAUCCGGCCGGGUUGUGGCCACCGGCAGCAUUUUUAUCGAGCACAAGUUUGCUCGGAGCUGUGGAAAGGUGGGACAUCUAGAAGAUGUUGUCGUGGAUGAACGUAUGAGAGGGUGUCACUUAGGCCAGAGGUACUUAUAUUUUGCUCUAUCAAUCUUUGCUCAACAAUCACAGCGCAGAGUGAUCGAAGCUCUCACCAGUUUCGCAAAGGAUGCUGGGUGUUACAAGGUGAUUCUCGAUUGUAAGCCCGAGAACGCUGCGUUUUAUGAAAAGUGCGGGUACUCCAAGAAGGAAAUCCAGAUGGCAAAGUACUUUUAAAGUU